CGCAGAAAGCCUUCUUCAGUCGCCAGCGCUGCUGGUCGCGGGGUCCCCGAACCGCGGCGGCCCGGGGCUCCCUCCGCUCGCCAUGGCCCCUCCGCCCCCGUGCAGGUCGCUGAUGUCGCCGCCGCCACCCCUGCUGCUGCUGCUGGUUGGCGUCGCGCUGCUGGGCGCCCAGGCCCACGGGGAGCCCCCCGCCGGGAGUGCGGUCCCCGCCCAGAGCCGCCCGUGCGUCGACUGCCACGCGUUUGAGUUCAUGCAACGCGCCCUGCAGGACCUCCGGAAGACGGCCUACAGCUUGGACGCUCGGACGGAGACCCUUCUGCUGCAGGCGGAGCGCCGGGCCCUGUGUGCCUGCUGGCCUGCUGGGCGCUGAGGACCUCCAGCCAGGUGCUGUCCCCUUGUCAAUAAACACCUGGUCCCCACAUCUGCCUCCAUGUCCU